AUGGAGUCCACAACAACACCAGCUCCACCAGGGCCUGAUGUGUCCAAGGCUUCGUUAGUGGUAGGCACGAUAUCAUUCCUGCACCUCAUAUCAUGGACGUUGUAUGCCGCUCGCGUCUGGACUCGUAUGCGACCGAUAUCACGCCUAUUCGUCGAUGAUUAUCUGAUCACUCUUGCUGUGCUCUUUGACCUGGCGUCGUAUAUUUUCUUGAUGAUAGCGGUUCAUUACGGCAUUGGUCGACAUAAUUACUACGUCCCGACAGAUCAGGAAGUCCUUGCGGAAAAAUGGCUGUUCCUCAGCCAGCCAGUCUUCCCCUGGAGUCUCGCCUUCUCCAAGAUGAGCAUUGCGUGUAUGCUUAUUCGGAUUCGUCGGGAUCAGCGCGUUUGGGCUUGGGGAAUGUACUUCAUCAUGGCGUUUGUGGUGCUCAUCGCCAUCAACACAAACGUCUUCCAACUCUCACUGUGCCGACCGCUCUGGGCUGUGUGGGACCACAGUAAUUCUGAGGCCCAAUGCAUGGAUAUGACUGUGGCGCAAACAUCAAUCUAUGUCAACUCUGCACUCAACGUUGUGACAGAUUUUGCUUUAAGUUUGGCCAAGAUUGCGGUCGCCUUCAUGAUGGGUUUGGGCAUAUUUGCGAGUAGUGCCUGCAUUGCGAAAACCUUCCAUGUCAAAGACUACGGAAAAACAGGUGACAGUCUCAUGGAUUGUGUACCUAUAACGAUUUGGAGCAUGGUAGAAAUGCAGCUUGCGUGA